AUGCCGCCGUACAAGUGCACUAAGCCGUCCGAACUACAACGUGUCCAACAAGAAUUGGACUCUGCGAGGAGACACCUCUGCGAGGAACUACAACGUGUCCAACAAGAAUUGGACUCUGCGAGGAGACACCUCUGCGAGGUGCGCGUGGCUUUGAAGAAUUAUAAGAAGGAAAACGCAGCAUUGCAGAUGUCGCUUACUAAGGAUCAACAACUUUUCAAAGAGCUUAAAAAGGUGGUCUUCAGUAACGAAGAAAAUGCAGAAUUGACGCCUCAGAUGUGGCGUAAAAAGGACAGAGAGCUUAAAAAGUUGCUCUCGAGGCACGAAAUAGGUGAAGAAGAUGGGUGUAACAUGGAGAAUCCGGAAGCCAUCGUAGUUCCAGUCGUUCGUCAGGCGGAUUCUGACAGUUAUGAUGGUUCGAGCGAAGCGGACUCUUCCUCCUCAGAAGCAUCAGUGAUGUUGAGUGCAUAAUGAUGAUGAUGAUGAACUUUAUAGCAUAAAAUUUGUGGUCUGCAGAAUUA